AUGAAAGACUCGACCAUGCUACUAGAUUUCCCUUCAUUGUCUUCUCUGACAAUCACAUCUAAAAACGAACCAUCAUUUGUCAAAGAGCAAUACAUACCUUCUGCCAUAGACAAUAUCAAGCCGAAAAAGAAAAAGAGAUCCUCCCUGCCAACAUGGCCACUUGUACAACAACUCAAACUCAUUCUAUUGACCAUGAAAUCAUCCCAAAAGCAAGAGCAACCACAGAAACACCAUCAUGUUCGCUUACUGAGCCAUUAUGGACAAUUGCAGCGACGACAAAUCGGAACAGGUGCAUCUGCCACGGUGCUCUUGACACAUCAAUUGCAAGAAGAUGGAAAGGUGAUGCGGGUUUAUGCAGUCAAAGCAUUCCGAAAGAGAAAGGUGCGAGAGACGGACGCAAGUUUUAUGAAGAAAUUGAUCAGCGAGUUUUGUAUAUCAUCGACGUUGGAUCACCCAAAUAUCGUCAAGACUGUAGAUCUAGUGUUGGAUGAGAAGAAUCGAUAUUGUACAGUGAUGGAAUAUUGCUCAGGAGGAGAUCUGUAUUCAUUUAUUAAAGAGGGUCGCUUAUCUUCGCAGGAUGAAGCCAAUGGAUAUUUCAAGCAACUCCUCGACGGCCUCUCCUAUCUUCAUCGUUUAGGCGUGGCACAUCGUGAUAUCAAGCCAGAGAACCUAUUGUUAGUCAAGCAGAAUACAUCAACCAUUCUCAAAAUUUCGGAUUUUGGUGAAGCAGAUGUCUUUCGUGAGGCAUGGCAAGAGUCAUGUCGAUUGUCAGAUGGAUUAUGUGGAUCAACGCCCUAUAUUGCUCCCGAGAUUUUCGUUUGUUCCAAACAAGGAUAUCGUGCAAGUCAAGCGGAUGUCUGGUCUGCUGGAAUAGUUUACUUUUGUAUGCGCUUGAAUGGCGUACCAUUCUACUCGGCACAACAAUCGGACACAAACUACCGUCUCUAUAGAAAGCAUUACGCCGAACAAGCUUACCCUGCUUUUGAAUCAUUUGAUGAAGAAAGCAGACAGAUGAUGUAUGCGAUGCUGAACCCUGAUCCAGAGAAGAGAUAUACUAUACAAGACGUGCUCAAGUUGACCUGGUUAGCCGAGGUGAAACCGCCAAUAUACACCUGA